AUGCAUCUCCGCCCUGUUUCUCUGGCCUGCGGCUCGCUCCGCAGAGUCGGCCUCGUCCGGGCAUCGUCCACAACCAUCUUGUUACGAUCCCAAGUUCGGACGCUUGUGUCGUCGUUGUUGGCCGUCCAGCCUCGAUCCGCGGCGCUGGGUCCAGCCCUCGGCCGCGCCUUUCUCUCGACUACCGCCGUUCGCCGAGCCGAGUCGGAGGAGGACGAUGAAAUCGCCGCCAUCCUCAACGCCGAGAGAUUCGCCGAGGAGGUCGAUGUCUGCAUCGUCGGUGCUGGCCCCGCUGGUUUGUCGGCCGCAAUCCGCAUCAAGCAGCAGGCCGCCACCGCCGGAAAGGACAUUCGGGUCUUUGUUGUCGAGAAGGGCCCCGAAGUCGGUGCCCACAUCCUCUCGGGUGCUGUGCUCGAGCCCCGCGCUCUCAACGAGCUGAUCCCAGACUGGAAGGACCGAGGCGCCCCGCUCAACCAGCCCGCGCUGCACGACCAAGUCCUGUUCCUGACGGAAAAGGCCGCGAUCCCGCUCCCUCACCCUCCCCACAUGAACAACAAGGGCAACUACAUCAUUUCUCUCAACAACUUUGUCCGCUGGCUCGGCGAGCAGGCUGAGGAGCUUGGCGUCGAGAUCUACCCGUCCUUUGCCGCCAGUGAGGUUCUGUACAACGAGGACGGCUCUGUCAAGGGCAUCGCCACGAACGAUGUUGGCAUCGAUCGCAAUGGAAAGCCCAAGGAUAGCUUCGAACGCGGCAUGGAGAUCCACGCAAAGGUGACCCUCUUCGCCGAGGGCUGCCACGGCAGUCUGUCCAAGAAAGUCAUCCAAAAGUUCGACCUUCGCAAGGACAGCCAGUUCCAGACCUACGGCAUCGGAGUAAAGGAGGUCUGGGAAAUCGACCCUGCCAAACACAAGCCUGGUCUGGUCAUGCACUCCGUCGGCUGGCCACUCAACUACGACACAUACGGCGGCAGCUUCAUGUACCAUUUCGACAACAACCUCUGUGCUGUCGGUCUCGUCAUUGGUCUGGACUACCCCAACCCGCACUUGAGCCCCUACCGCGAGCUGCAGCGCCUCAAGCACCACCCCACAUUCAAGAAGCAUCUCGAGGGCGGCAAGAUCAUCUCCUACGGCGCACGUGCCCUGAAUGAGGGUGGAUACCAGUCGAUUCCCAAGCUCAGCUUCCCCGGCGGUGCCCUGAUUGGCUGCUCUGCCGGCUUCAUGAACGUGCCCAAGAUCAAGGGCACCCACACGGCAAUGAAGAGUGGCAUCCUCGCUGCCGACGCCAUUGUCGAGAAGAUCACUGCCGACGAUGCCGAGAGCGCCGGACCCAUCCAGCUGGACAGCUACGAGGAGGCCUUCAAGAACUCGUGGGCUUACAAGGAGCUGUACGAAGUCCGCAACAUCCGCCCCUCGUUCCAUACCUCUCUCGGUCUCUACGGCGGCCUGAUCUACUCUGGCGUGGAUACGCUCUUGCUCAAGGGCCGUGUUCCGUGGACGCUCAAGUACGCCAAACCCGAUCACGAGUGCCUCGUUCCCGCCAAGGACGCCAAGCCCAUUGACUACCCCAAGCCCGAUGGCGUUAUAAGCUUCGAGCUCCUUGAGAACGUCAGCCGCACUGGCACCAACCACGCCGAGAACCAGCCCGUCCAUCUUAGACUGAAGCGCGGCCCCAAAGAGCAACUGGAGACCAACUAUGCCGUCUACGGAGGCCCCGAGCAAAAGUUCUGUCCUGCCGGUGUUUAUGAGUACCUGGAUGACGAACAGAACCCCGGCCAGAAGCGAUUCCAGAUCAACUCUCAGAAUUGCAUCCACUGCAAAACCUGCGACAUCAAAGACCCAAGCCAGAACAUUGACUGGACCGUCCCAGAGGGCGGCGGUGGCCCGAAGUACGUUCUCACAUAA